AUAGGCGCCUAUAUAUUUAUUAAAUUUACUCGCACUUUUUAUCUGGUUAAAUAAAAAAAAUAACUUGACCCCUAAUUUUCGAUGGCGAAGGAUAGUUGUCUUGCAAGAAUCACCGCCGGAGUUGCUGUCGGCGGAGCUGUUGGCGGCGCCGUUGGUGCUGUCUAUGGGACAUAUGAGGCUGUUAGAUACAAGGUUCCAGGCCUUCUAAAAAUUAGGCAUAUUGGACAAACAACACUUGGAAGUGCUGCUGUUUUUGGACUUUUUCUGGGUGCUGGGAGCUUGAUACACUGUGGAAAGUCAUAUUAGGGUCUCUUUUUGUUAAGAAAAUAUGAUUCCAGUAUGUGUGCUGAACAGGUUGAAUUGGAUAUUAACCAUAAAUGGUGCAUUUGAGUAUUUUGCCUUUUGUUCUUUUAGAGUAUGAGUACCACCCUUUUCGUGUAUCGAAACUCCUUGUGUCCCUUCAUAUGAUCAACUCAUAAGAUGUUUAAUCGAUUUAAGAAUGCCUAA